AUGGCUCUCAUUCACGCAUACAAAAUCACCCAGCAGUUGGUACGCAUCCCUCCAGCCGAAUUAACGCCCGAUGCGGAGAUGAAAUAUCUAUCUUCUUUCCACAGGCAUGUUCGCGGUUUUUUGAUGAAACUGAGUUAUUUUGUCAGACUCACUGUGCCUUUUAACUCAUGUCAGUCAUUGGUUAUCAGGCUCCAAAACGACAGGAACUUCUGGAAAACAUAUUUGUUAGCAUAGCUACGGGCUCCGCAGCGCUUCAAUGGGUUGCGGAAUACCCGCUGCGACAUGAGCAAGCCUUCCGGUUUGACGAAUAUGCAUUCAUGGUCCGUGUAGUCAUUCUUCCUUCAGAUUUAUCCGGGCACUUACCUAGGAAAUAAGUUAUCUGUAGAAACCUUGCAAGCCAAAGUGAUCUGACGACAAGGCGAAGGCUGUCGUCAUCCGGUAGGAUUUCACAUGGUGGGUUUCUUCUCUCAGCUUCAUCCUCAGGCGUUUCCACUAAUGUGUAAGUUCAUUUACGGUAUUUAAGUGAAUUUGACCAGUGUCUGUCCACUCAACGCGUAUUAAAACCAAAAACCACUCUCUUGAAAUUGUCACCUCCCUCUGGUUCCGCACUUCUUAUAAGCUGUUUCAUUCUCGUACUCUCGUUCCGAUUUUUCUUCCUUCACUUCUGUUAGUUACAAAAGUGAGUAAUUUUGGCAUCGUGACGUACGAGAAUUGGAGCCAGUUGGCCUGAUAAACCUACCAGGGUCUUGCUACGUUUGUCUGCUUCGCAGGGUCUUCACUGAACUUUACUCGGUUGUUUACUGUUGUAGGUCUUAUUUGUCCACGGUGUCCCUUAAGUGCCUCUCGUUUGGUUAACCACCCUACCUCUUCCUUUGUCGAUCGGGCAUCGCCAUAAUCUUCAAUCAGACGCUUAUCACAGGGUUGGGGAAACAAUUUUCCGUUCACUCGAAGACCUGCCGAGUUGUCGUAUAGAUUGGGAAAAAUAAAUGACGCUACAUAUCUGAAACAGCGGGUCGCAGGAAAAAUUCAUAUGAGCUGUUGACCUCCAUCGGACACCAUGCCCGACGGGACGGCGGUAGCUCUAGGAGGACAGAACCUGCCAUCUAGCCUAGCUACGGGCUAUUGCUUACGUCCACAGACAGUGAAUAGUGGAAUGGUCCUUAUAGGAAGCUUAUUGCAAACUCUCAGCGCUGACGAAUAAACAAUCACAGACCAUGCAGCAUGUGUCCCUCAAGCCUGUCUGGGAAGCCUUAACGAUGUUAAGACAUGGAUAAUGUUCCCCACUUCGUCUUAUUCAGUCCUAGAACUCUAAAUCAUUGUGCCCGAAGGGUGCUUGCGAGUAGUCUAUUGUAAUAUCCGGGAAUUACCACGCAGCUGCUGUUGCUUGAGCCACCGCACAGGGGUUUUUGAACAACCGACGGACUACGGUCUGCGCGCCCUAUGUUGGGACUCACUGAUACCCGGCGGCGUUGAAAGGAGCAAUUUCUUGUCCAGCAACAAGAACUCGUAAUAGGGGGCCCCCAUCUGCCAUACUCAGGUAGCGAGCCCUUUCAAAUACGCGAAAACUUGGGGAUAUACUUUUAGUCCUUUAAACUAAUGUAAUUGUUCGUCCAACGAAGUUGCCUUCCCACUCAGGCAUUAUUUGGCAGCCUACUUGCACACGACUUGCUUUUCAAGCGUCUUAGGCAAGGCCAAAGCCCCGGCGCACACCUCUGUCUCACUCUCCUAUGUGCACCCGGAUAUGCUACCCCCUCCCACUUGUCACCAGUUCGUGGACUUGUAGCGCUGUUAAAACUUAAGUAAAUUCCUCUGCGAUUUUCCUUUGAAGUACAAUCGUACUCUUUUGUAAGAAUCCGGUAACGAUUAAUAAACGCCACGUUUCCAAUGUUCCUUCUAUUCAAAAGGCCAUUUAGCGAGUAUACGUCUGCUUUCGAUAAAUUCUCCUCAGACCUGUAAAUUUAUAUGGAUAUUAAAGUAAUACAUUGAAAGAUACGACCAAGUAGAUAAUUAAGCUGUAGCUCAGGUUUGGGGAGGGGAGGGGGAGAGUGAAACACUACAAUCCCAGUCAGCGUCAGGGUAAAGGUGGGCCCCGGCGAAGGUAAUUACAUGCGUGUGGCUGGCUCGGUGGCUUUGACCCGUGGCAACUGUGGGACCUGUAUAAAGUUCUUCUGCGCACAUAUGACCAGUCCGCGUAGCCUGACUGCAGCCGCCUCCGCCGUGGCCAACAAGCGCUGCCCAAGUAGUUUUGGAUAGCUUGAUAGGACCUUGUAAAUCACUCUGAUGGCCUCUCCGGCGUCUACACGGUGAUCUGUGUCUACCAUGUGCGCGAGGAUCGAGCUGUUGAUGUUCUUUAUUUGACCCUUUCCUAACCAUGCUGGAAGAUGUUCUUUUUAUUUCCAAAUAGCUUGUAUUUGCACUGUGGGAGACGUGUUUUCCUUCAUUCUAUCGCAGGCCUUAGACUAUGUUGCUCUCAAUAACUCUAUCUACCACAAUGAUACCAGGAACUGUCUUCCGCCCCUACAAGCGUAGCGUCUUUAGAAUAUUUAUUCUAUCCUCUGCAGGUCUUGAGGUUCCCCCAUUUUAGAUGGGUUUGCUUGCUUCAGGUACGCGUCACGUCGGCCCAGGACAGUGUAGUCCUCGUGGCUAAAUCCGGUGUAGACGAAGUUUCCAUGGUUUGCUGCCUAAUUUACAGUGUAGACAAUUAAGUCGCAAGAUGGGCCCCUAGGGUCCAACUCGCCAACUCCAGUUUCUGUCAGUAGUUGGUUUGGGAGCACAAUUCAAUCAGCGGCACUCCAGUCAUUUUUCAGCUUGAGCAAAGCGUGUCUGGUGACUCAGUUUCCUAAUUUGUUAUGACUUUCCUUUUUUCCGCCUUUCAGCCAUGACUUCUUGGAGUCGCUCCGUUUACUCGAUGGUUACUACGCGGAUGACGCUGAUCCAGACAUACCGGAUGAUGUAAUGGAUUCACUGGAAGAAUAUGGACUUGCCUACGACUGCCAGGGCUUUUCGGGAGUUUACGACUACGCCCUUUCAGCCGUACGAGCUACACUCGCCGCCGUAGAUGCAUUGCUUAGCCACAAGUGUCAGGUGCCAAGUCCUCCACGUUUCAGUCCUAAUCUCAUUAGUUACGCUGUCAACCCUCAGAAAUUGAUAAUUAUGCCUUAUUUAUGCAUGAUUUCCAGGUAGCCAUCAACUGGGCUGGCGGUUGGCAUCACGGAAAGCGAGCUGAAGCAUCCGGUUUCUGCUACUUAAACGAUGUUGUCAUCGGUCUCAACUACCUCCUCUCUUCUGCCGCGUUCCAGGACUCACGAAAACGCGUCAUCUACCUGGACUUCGAUCUGCAUCAUGGCGAUGGAGUGGAGGAGGCCUUUGCUUAUAGCUCGCGUGUAGUCACUUUCUCCGUGCAUCACGCCUCGCCUGGCUUCUUCCCAGGCACAGGAGACGCCGCGCCGGAUUCCUCCGAAUUCUUCGUCGGCGCACGGGGUGGACGAUUUUCCUGUUUCAACUUGCCCCUAGGUAGGUGUUUGGAGCACCCCCCCCCCUUCUCCCGCUUGCUCCCGCCUGUAUUUUCUAGGUUAUACUCAAACUCCUCCCGCUUAUUUUUUAGCUGAGGGUACAGGUGAUGGGACCUGGUUCUCGACUGUCAAACCGAUUCUCAGUGCAUUGCAUGCCUCCCUGCAGCCCUCCUUCGUUGUCGUCCAGUGCGGCGCCGAUGGACUCGCCUCAGAUCCUCACCGCGUCUUCAAUCUGACCGUGGGGCAAAACUGCGCUCAUGCUUGCGCACUGCGUCAGGUGCUUUCGUGGGGUUUGCCCACCCUGAUCCUUGGUGGCGGUGGUUACCACUUUCCAGACACUGCCAGGUUAUGGGCCCUUCUCACCUCCAUAGCUCUUUCCGCCGUCAGGGGAAGCAUGUGAGUUCUCGAUUACUUGUGUUGGUUUUCUUACCGCUGCCCCUACAUGGGUCUGUCCCUCGAACGCGACACUGGCUUUGAUGAAACAUGCUGGCACCCCUUACUUGACUUCACUCAUUACUUGGGGCGAUUGUCGGGGUGUGUCUGCAGUGCUCAGCAUCGUUUUGUGGGGACACACGGAUGAAAGCCGAAUGCCAGGUAGGGUUAGACCACCACGUGCAGCGAGACACUGUAUGCCACUCUCCUCCCUCCCAAUGUACUCCCAUACAUCCGUUACUGUCCAUACUCUCCACUUUGCAGACAUCCCUCCAGCCCAGCCGCUACGAGUACGAUAAAUGCCGUUGUUCGCUGUGGUAUUCGUCUGGUUCUGUGAAUCCUGGUUAGCGGUGACUCCUGCUAACAGUCGCAGGUCUAUCAAGAGGUUCUGGAGAAUUAAAUCAUCACCAACAUUGACCACCUAUCUUAUCUAUCAUGUCUGUACUUGAGCUGACCUAAAAAACUACCAGUUCUGUUAUGUUGAGCCUACUGAAAGACCUUUAGCAACCAUCCUGUUGACUGUGACAUUGCGACCUUCCUAAACUCAGACUGCGCAUGCUUGUGAAACCUGCUGGACAAGGGUUUUACGCAACAUCACCCAUUACACCUGCCGUUAGUGCAUCAUGCGAAAGGAAGAGGCGAGUGAAACUAGUCCACCUCGUGGUUCCCUUACUGAAGUAAAUCCAAAUCGUUCCUAAGCUAUCAUGGCGAGUUAGGCGUCGAGGCCUGGAAAGCUGCCAGCCGACGGGCUUGGUCGGUCGUCUUCAGAGCUGAGGGUCAGGUUGCUUUCUUGCACCUUCUCCGGAUGGGGCAUCUUGGUGUCUCUCUUAAAGUCGGCAUUGUCGUCUUGGCUUUGUCAUUUCAUCGAAACGCAAGAAGAGGAGGCGAGCUAGACGUUGUACAGGUCAUUGUUGCCUUCCCAGCCGGUGGUUGCCUUCAUCGUGUGUAAUGGACCAACUCCCCCAGGCAGGCCCACAGGGGGGGAGGUCUCACUGUUGUUUCUCUACUGAUGACGCGGUCCUACCCGUUCUCCUGGGCUAGUCCUGUACACCCUUGUUCUCUGCGUCUCCUCUCAGCGGCCAGCAGCUCAGUUGGAGGUUCCGCAGAAUUUACCCACCGCAGGUACCGACCUCGUCUUUUAUAAGCUAUCUCUAUGACAUACAGUGAGUGACCGAUUUCAUGAAAUGUUGGCUGAAAUUCUAAAAUGAGUUUUCGAUUAGUAAGGAUUACUUAGGCGCGGUUGCAAUACUGAUUAUAUUUCGGCAAAUUCCUAUAAUAUUUCGAGCCCGGUAGGAUAUCAACUUUUGAAUACACUGCUUUUAAAUCUCCUGUGGAAAUCGUACUCGGUAAAAGAUGACUACUUAAGUAGCAUGCAUUUUUUCCAUUGAUUUUCGAUGGUCUUGGAAAUUCAAAUAUAUUUUAUAGAAACCAUAAACAAAAUAUGCUUUCCUUUAGUCAAUCAAUAGAGGAUCACGUCUUCUUUAUAUUUUAUACUUAAGAAAGGAGUAUAAUUAGGUUUUAAAGUUUCUAAUUAUGAGAUUUUUAAGGCUGCGCAGUGUCUAUUCGCAUAGCAUCGUACCUGGCUGUUUACCACAUCUCCUCAUGAAAUGUGGAACAUGGCCCUCAUCCAUCUCAAAAUUUUAUGGACUCUAUAUGGUAUCUUUUUAAAGAGAUAGAAAAAUAUAUGUUCUUUACGCGGAACGCAUGCAUCUUGUAGACUGAAAUUACCAAGUGCUAAUGCAACGACUGAUCAGGCUCCAAAUUAUUCGGGAACUAGAAAACUUUUUAAAACCUAAUUAUACACCUUCUUCGAGUAUAAAAUAUAAAGAAGAUGCGAUACUCUAUCAAACGACUAAAAGAAAGCAUAUUUUUGUUCAUGGUUUCUAUAAGAUAUAUUUGAAUUUGCAAGACUGUCGAAAAUCAACGGGGAAAAUGCAUGCUAAAUAAGUAGUCAUUUUCACCUACUACGGUUUCUACGGGAGAUGGAAAAGCAGUGUUUUCAAAUGCUGAAAUCCUGCCGAAUCCAAAAAAUAUUAUAGGAUUAUGCCGCUAGAUAAUCAGUUUCGCAACCGCGCCUAAGUAAUCCUUCCUAAUCGAAAACUCAUUUCAGAAUUUCAGCCAACCUUUCAUGAGAUCGGUCACUUACUGUAGUUGACUUGUCCGUGCCGGGUUCCUCGAUUGUGAUCUGCAGGUCUCCAGUCUGUGCUGCAUUUAUUCCACCUACGAAGUUCACUGUUAUUCCUUAAGAUCUGGGUGUGCUUUCAUUUUCUGCGGCAUUCGGAGCCUUUGUAUCCAGUGUGCCUGACUGUCCGUGUUGUCUGUCCCCUCUCCGCUUUCGCCACGUUCUCCUAUUGUCUUGUUUUUCUUUAGAUACGAGCUACCCGAAGACAUUCCGGACCAUCCACAACUGAUCAACUAUGGUCCCGACUAUGCCCUCAGCGUUACCAGUUCGAUGUGCCAAGAUAAAAACUCUGAGACCAGCCUCAGGGCACAUGGUGAUCGCCUUUUGAAACAGCUGAAAGACUUUUGUGAUACAAAUGACUUGACUUUUGCCUGCUGA